AUGGGUUUCGUUGCGUUAUUGUUUUUAAUAUGGUUGUGUGUUCUUGGUAAUACGGUCAAUUUCACAGAAAUCAAUGGAUUUCAAUACGUUGACUCCUCACAGUACUGCUACGUAUUCACCAGCCAACUUUACGGAAACCCGAGAAAUCAGUCCAAUUUCUGGUUUCAAUGGAAAGACGUAACAUGGAUGAUGGGUGGUCAAAAGUAUAUGCGCUAUGGGUGUGCGACUACACGGACCACCUACUCCGGCUGGUUGAUGUGUGUGCUCGGUCCCGAAGAAUGCAACCCGGACGUGAUGUAUGAUCACCAACUGACGCUGGAACCAAAUUCGGACGACGCAGCCAAGUUGACGACCAUUCUGUACAAGAACCGGACCGUGCUACCGGUGUACGUCAGUCUGCCCACAUUCACGUGCCGUCGCUUUACGGCAAUUCGUCCUUACCCCUUUUACGAAACCCCGGAAACAGGGAUCACCGGGCUCGGCUGGGCCGGCCAUUGCCAAACAGUAAUCUAUCUUAUGGACAUGGGGAUGACAGGCAAGUUCACGAACAUGCGCAUCGAACAAGCCGCCGGCACAUAUAUGGGCGGACAUGACUUUAUCAAUAGUUGGUCGAGCAUGGUGAAGCCAAAUUAUUUCGGUUCUAUCGUGACGUGGCAAUGGCAAAAGCACUACCGUGAAAUGGCGUAUACGUGCCGUGGCGACCAAUGUAACGAGAUGAUCAUCCCGGAUAUGUACCCACAACCAACCAUUGAAUGUGCGCUUGGGGACGGGCAAACCGCCUACGACAAGAAAUACAACUCGUUGUGCGUGGGCCAGCUUUGUUUCAUCAGCUUCACACAGAGCUGGACCAACGAGUACAAUUUCCGCCAACAAAUUGCGGAAAGCUACGCGGUCGCCAAACGGGGAUGUUUUAUGCAGAACACGAUUCGAGGGGAGGGACGCGUGGAGGUCGGCCCUGUCGCUUGGAUGUACGCCAAUCAACCGUGGGUGACGAUAUUCUGCGAUGAGCCGGCGUGCAACCGGGACCUCACCACCGUCUGGGCGGCGGUAGACCGACACAAGAACUCGCUUCCGCCAUUUACGCCGUACUACAGCUUUGAACACAACGAUACACCGCCAUAUGGCCGGGCCCACGAUACCGACCCGAAUUUGACAUUCCUUGACUUUGGUCUGUCAUUUUUGAAACGACGUGCCGUGGAGCCAGCAGCAUUUGCAAAAACUACUUUCCGCCCGUUUUUGGGGUCGGAUAUAUCCGUAAGAGUCGGGGGUGCCGGUCGUGUGACGACAUUUUGUGAUGAGCUGGCUUGCAACCGGGACCUCACCACAGUCUGGGCGUUGGUGGACAGACACAAGAACUCGCUUCCGCCGUUGACGCCCUACCACAGCUUGGAACCCAACGAUACACCGCCAUAUGGCCGGGCCCAGGGCACUGCCGGAAAUUUGACAAUGCUUGACUUUGAUGUGUCAUUUUUUGAAACGACGUGCCGUAGAGCCUCAAGUUUUUGCAAAAUCGGCUUUCUCCUCUGGUUU